AUGUUGGAGGGCUUUGAAGUUGUCCCAUCGCCCGCGAGUAGAUCCAACCACAACAGCAAGCCUUCGUCGCGUCACCGUCGAGAUUUGUUAUUGCAGUCCAUCCAAGUGGUCCCCCUUUUGGGAAUUACGCUACCUGCCAAAGCAGCCGCUCCCAAAGUCAAACCAGCUCUGGCGUUUGAAACUCUGUCCAUUGCCGAACAAGAACUGCGUCAAGCCGCGAAAAAGUACUUGCCCACCAGCGACUAUGACGGUUUACGAGACUUUUUGGCCACGAGUGAACUCAAAAACUUUGAAACCUACAGUACCGCCAUUUUGUCCUCCAAGCUAUUGAGUGAAGAAGACAAGAAAUCCAUCGGGACCAUUCGGACGUAUGGCGUCGGUGCAGAUGUUCAGAUCAUGUUCGGGGGGUUGAUGGCCGAAUUGGACGACACGAUGGUAGACGAACCCAAUCGUGGAGAUGUUGUCAAGUACAUGACCAGAACCAUUGAUGCAUUGAGCGAAGUAUUGACCAUUUGUCGCAAUAGUGGGUCGUUUUAG